ACUGUCACAGCAUUCCCCAAUUUAUCUCUAAUUUGAACAAAUUAAAAUCAAAAGCGAUCUACUGCUUUAAAAUGAAUUCUCUAGGGGUUUGGACUUUAGCAAUAAUUUUGUAUCAGACGGUAGCGUGCGCGGUGGUGAGCUGGCUUACGCUGAGCUGCCGACUGGCGCCGAGCGCGGGCGAGCUGGCCGAGCUGACGCUGCUCAAGCUGGUAUACCUGUACGAACCGCGCGCCUGCGCCGCGCCCGCGCUCUACAACUACACAGUGCGCUCCGCCGCCGGCACCCCGGUCGCCGCGCUCGUCUGGCCCGCGCACAGUCCGCCCGCCGCCGCCUUCCGCAGCAAGUUGCAGGUGUGGCUGGGCCUGCACGUAGCUUGGUUGGCGCUCACAGCGGCACACACGGCGCAGCGCCGGCGGCCGUGCGCACU